AUGAAAAUCGUGCAACUGGACGUUGCAUCCGCUGACAGCGUGGAGGCUGCCUCCAAAAUAACCCAGGCAAUGAUCCCAGACGGGCUCGACGUUUUGAUCUCCAAUGCAGGUAUCUCCAAAGGGCUGGAGCCCGUUUUGUCUCUUUCAGAUGACCUUUACCUCGAGCACUUUGUGGUUAACACCUUGGGCCCUAUCGGGCUUGUCAGAGCAUCCCACUCACUUCUUGACAAAAAAGCGACAAAAGGGGUUCUGGCGGUUACAUCUAUAGUUGGUUCCGUUGGCAUGGUGAUGCCUGAGUUCACCUCAGGCUACGGUUUAUCCAGGGCCGGUCUCAACUAUUCUUUCAGGCGGUUGCAGCAGGAAUUGUCUCCGGAGGGAUAUAGUGUUGCCCGUGCCCACCCUGGCCUGGUUGCCAGUGACAUGAGACAAGCGUUUUACGAAGGCUUGGAGCCCGAGAUCCGCAAACAAGUGUCACUAAUUGCCCCCGAUGAAUCUGCGUCGGCCAUUGUACAGAAUGUCUUACAAGAGUUGAAAAAUCAAGAACUUUGA